AGAUUUCGGCUGGUGGCGAUGCAACAGCAGCUCCUUGUAGACGACGAGCGGUCGGAAGCGGCCAGUACCGUGACGACCAGUUCCCGAGGAAAACCGGAGAAAUCGCCUCCGCGAGAUCCCACAUGAAUAACCCGGGAGCUGAAAAAUGGCGCCCGAUGGCCAUCUCGAACCCAUCGACUCGGCUACGCAUGGCAAGGUCCAUGCCCCACUGGGUACUGGCGCAACAGCAGAAGGAAGCGGAACAGAAGCAACAACGCCGGCCACCGACCCCGCCGAAAGCCCCGCCACCGUCGCUCUCCGGAGACUGUGGUGACCCAGACUACGAGAUCAUCGAAUUUCCGACCCGACCGCAAGCACAGAAGCCCUCGACACCGGGCGUCACGUACAAGUGCGCACUGUGUGGCACCGAGAACGUGUUCGCCCGUUGCGACAUUUGCAACGGGAAUUACUGCGAGGCCUGCGACGACAUGAACCACAAGCACCCGAAAAGAAAGAAUCACGUGCGCAGGAGGAUCUUGACCGAUCUGGCGACGAAGACGCGGCCGCCACUUCCGCCGAAGGGGGACAAUUUGUCGAGCCCGCCGCCGAUCCCGCCGCCAAGGAGAAACCGGAAGAACGCUCAGGCUAAAUCGACGCAAAACCAGGGACCCACGAAUCUCUCCUUGAUCGAGAGAGUCGGCAGCUUGAAGCGAGCUCUUCCGAACGCUACCAGGCCACUGUCAGCCACGCUUGACGCGAAAACAGUAUCGAAAUCCAUGCAGUCUGUGAAUACCAACGUCAGCGAUGGAUUAGGAUCAGGAUCAGGAACUGACAAAAUGUCCACGCUCCAGGAAAGGUACAGGAAGUAUCAGGAGGCGAUGAGAGCGCAGGAUGCGAACAGAAGGAGACAUCCUCCACCUGAUAUUUCGAGGGACACGCUGAAUGCGAGACCGUUGAGUAUAGGCAGCCCGAAACUCACGCCCCCGGCGCCACCACCGCCACCGCCUAGAUCGAUGAUGCAAUCAACCAGCGUUUGCGAUCUAUCGUCGCCGCACAUGUGGAAUCCCGGAAUGCAUCAGGCACAGUCAAUGGCGCAUCUAGGUCCUGGAGGCAUGCCGAUAAUGUGGUAUCCACCGAAUCCACCGUGGGACGUGACCAUGGGCGGUUCCACGAUGAGUUUAAAUCACCCAGCAAUGUGGGGUUAUCCCAUGGGAUUCCCUCCGUCGCAAAUGCUUCCGCCGCACUAUCCUGGCUCCCUGUCACGGCCACACAGUCCAGCAAGAAGCGUGAAAUCGAGCAGAAGGUCCAGAGUGGCCUCGCCGUCGCCUAGUCUGAAGUCUAGAAAGUCAUUGGCGAGCAGAUCACGGUCGAGAAGAUCGCAGGGAUCGCCGUCAGACGCCAGUUCCGAAGACUCUGGCGACUCAGACUUCGACGACAGGCUCUCUAAGAGCUCCAGACGCGGAAGGCAAAGAAGCUACCACGAAGACGAUGGCUCUAGAAGCUUGCUAAAUAGAAAUCGUCGCGAACGAUUGGUUUCUGAAGAGAAGAUGGCCGGUGCGGAGGAUCAAUGGUUGGAGAAUCACUCUGUCAAACGAUAUCCCAUAUCGGGGCCAAAGAGCUAUGACGAAUUCCAAAGGAACACUGUAAAUUUACGACGACGAUACGACCAAGACGAGCGCAGGCUCUCCAGGCUGGACUCGCGAUUAGAUCGCGUUCAGAACGGUAGCUAUCGUCGAAGACGAAGCACAGACGACGAGUCCUCGGACAGACGAUCUACGUUGCAAACACGAUCUCGAGUGACUAGUUCCUCCGACGACCACUUCGAGAGAUCGGAGAUCCCUGUCCCCCGACGAAGGGACGACGAGGUAGCCCCAAGAAGAGCUUCCUCUGUCAGAAGAGAAAUAGCUCUGGACAAUCUCGAGAGAUCCUCUCGCAGAGACUCUCGAAGAUCCUCUAUAGACAGCGACACGCCGAUUAGCAGAAAGACUCCUUCCAGAGAAGUCUCUAGGAAAAUCGAGGAAGCAGAGAGAAUCGAUCACUCGCGACAUAUCAGGGACGAGGACGACGUGCCACGUGCUACGAGGAAUCUGCGAAGUCGCGAACCGUCGCGCGACAGAGAAAUCGUAUCGAGGAGAAACUCCUCGUUGAGAAAGGAAUCUUCGUCGGUUGAAGAAACGGAGAGAACUGGCGUUAGAAGAGCGUCCCAUGAUUCUGAUCAGAGCACCAGGAAAACUCCAUCUCGUGAAUCAGUCUCUAGAAAGAUUCGUGAAAACGAAGUUCAAGACGCGACGCGGUCCGCGACUAAGAAUCCAGAAGAAGCUCGACGAAGAUCUGUCGAAAGAGAGAAAAGAAGCGAGGAAGCAUCGGUUAAGAAGAUGGAGAACGAAAGAGGUAAACAUUUGGAGAGAACGUCGUCGAUAGGCAAAGAGGAGAAGCGUGAAACGUUGACGAACGUCGAUCAACAAAAAUCGAAAGAAGCGAAAUCGAAAGAGGAGCCGAGCGCCACGAUGGAAAUUCCAAAAGAGGAAUGGGCCUGCGAGCAUUGUACUUUCAUAAAUGACCUGAAGGAUCGUGUCUGCGUCGUUUGUUGCAAAACGAGAAGCAGCGCGCUACCGCCGAGCAACGAGGAGAAUCAAGAAGACGUUCCAAGUGACGUGAGUGAAAUCCCCAAGACGAAUGAAUUGGCGAUAAUUUCCAGCAACGUCAGCGAGCCCAGUCCCGAUUUGGAGAAAAGGACCAGCCUGUUAAAAAUUUCGAACAGCGAAGAGAGCGGUGACAGUGGUUCCACAAAGAACAAAGAUUCCGCGACGCUCGAAGAAUCCCCUGCAAUUGUCGCGCAGAAAUCGAUUGCUGAAUCCCCGCCAGUGGUAAGAAACGAGGCCACGUUGAUAGCGAACGAUGCACCAAACGAGACAAACGAGAGCAUCGACGCCCCAAGCAAUACUUCGAAAAUAAACGGGGAAGAAUCAAUGAGGCGACCAAUGCUUGGGAAAAUCCCAAAAAGCCAUUCAGUUUCCACCGGAACCUCCCCCCCUCCUCAAAGUAUUUCCACUCAAACGUACGACUACCUUCCAGCAAGAGGAAGCGCUGGAUUCGUAAGAGCUACAUCCGCUUCAAAGGGAUUAUUGUAUUAUGAGGACAGCGACGCGGAGGAUGCCGAGUGUCUGUUUCAGGAACAAACCAGAGUCGCCAAUAGUCCAGACCUGUAUCCGCGAACGAUCCAGGAGCAGUAUCUCCAACAGCUGAUCAACGCGCCGAACAGAGAUCGUACGCGAAGAAAUUCCAUCGACUCCGCCCACCUUUAUUACCGUUCCAGGGAGCCGAGCCAGCCGAGGUUCUUCGAAGCCGCUGGUCCAAGCUCGCAAGGUGUUUCAACGCUGAGACAAGGCCUGGAGAUCGUGGAGCUCCUCAGGGAAGCUGAGAAACACGGUUAUUCCACGGACGAUGUUCAGGUGGCCCUGUCGCAGGGUGCAAGCGACCCGAUCGACUGGCUGAAGACGCAGUGGCCCCAUUUGGUGGAAACUGUGCAAGUUUUAGCCAGCACUCAGGGAAAAGAGUUGAAGGAAAACAAUAUCGGAGUGCUAUCCGACGUCGAAGCGAAAGAGGCCUUGAGAGUUGCGAAAGGAGACGUUUGGAGCGCUGUCGCGAUGGCUGUUCAACGUAGACAGCUAAAGUGCGAGGAAAUUAUGAAGAAAGGGAAUUUCGCAAUGGCGGAAGUGGUGAAAGCGUUGGAAAAUAAUUCUGGUGCCGAGGACGCGGCUUUGUUCGAGCUGCAAAAGAAUCAGCUCAAGCCGUUCCUGAUGAGGAUAUGGGGUCCUCCGGUUGGGGUGGAAAACGACGAGGCUGCACCGCGGGAAGACACGGCAGGUGCGGUCGGUGGUGGAACGGAUGGUUCCGAACAGGUUACCAACGUGUCAGACGCUGAAGCCAGGAAGCAGGUAAUGUCACCAAUCGUAGAAAAUUUCAUCACGUUGCAGGCCGACUUUCAAAAGCAACUGGCAGCCCUCAAACAACUGACCGAUAACUGGCAACACGAGAAAGAUCCCCUGAACACGCUCGGUAAUAAGCCUGAUAAUCUGUAUGAAGUAAACACUGACGAUCGAACCGUUCUAAUCGAUAAAAAUCUGGUCCCAAGGGCCGUACAAGACCUCAAUGUAGCCAACACUGUUAAAACACUGGAGAACGAGAAAUCAAAACGUGCUACUCCGGACGAUGCUAAAUUAUUAACAAUUGAUAAGACUGGUAUACUUAUUGCGACCGAGAGGCAAGAUCAAAAUAACAAUUUCACUGUAAAAGCGAUUAACAAUGAAACUCAGAAGCCAACAGAGAGUUCGUCGAAUCAGAAUCGAAUCGACGAUGGGCAAGAAUUAACUAAGAUGGAAAAAGUUCCACACGUAGAAGAAAAUGAAGCAGUUCGAUUGAAAGAGCACCAAGCAGAAAGUGCAGGAAAUAUCGAUCAAAUUUCGCCCACCGCGGAUUCUGAAAUUGUUGACGCAACCGUUGUACUUAAAGAUCAUGAUCAGACUAUCAGUUCUCCAACAAGUUCAAUUCAGAAAGAUAGUCCAAAUCAAUCGGAAAGUUUGCCAGAGAAGAAUCCGAACGAACAAAGAACGAAAGAGAUCUCGGUACCUGAUGCAAACACAAAAGAAGGAAGAAACAUAGACGAAGUAGAAGCUGUCUCGUCCCGUAACGUAGAAAAAGAAUUAUCGCAUAAAGCAGAGGCCGGAACGACCGAUGUAACCAUAUCGAAAGAGAAUAUAAAGCAAACGGUGGCGAUGAGUUCGGAAGUAGCCGCGGCAAAGAGAGAGGAUGGUGGUUCGCGCGCAAAAGAAAGCGAAACGACGUCCCAAAAGAGAUCGGACGCCGGGCAAAGCAACCAAGAAGCAGAUAAAGCCUGUUCGUCGCAUUCAAUGGAAAACGAAACGCCAUCCCGAAAGACUUCUGAUCCUCAUCAAAGAGCCGCGCAAGUAGAUAAAGGCUCUUCUUCGGCGGAGAGUAUUCCUUUGCAUGCUAGCGUAUCGGGCCACGAUUUGCCUCAAAGUACAUCGAAGACGUCCGAAUCGACUCGAGAGUCUCCGCGAGCUGAAAUCGAACGAAAUGUAACAGACCAAACGCCGGAGAAGCUAACAGCUUCUACGGAAUUAAUCGGGACUCUUAAAAAUUCCACCGAAGAAGACGAUAAUGCGAAUAGAGAGGCAGCGAGUGAAGAAACGGCAGGAUCGUCGGAUAUAUUAAGGCCCACGAAGGAAGAUACGAAAGUAGAAUCGAGUAACAUUAUCGCCGAAGGAGCGCAAUCGCCGAUAAUCGCGGCUGAGAAUGGCUCGACGAAUCAAAGUUCUGAAAACGUCUCGCCGGAAGCCAGCGCGAAAGGCAACGAGACGCAAGUAGCCACGGUGGAGGCGCUCUUAUCCGUCGUGAAAUCGCUGCCAGAGCAAUUACUGGGUCCUUUCAUAUCGGCGAUGCAGAUGCUGUCGUCGAAGAAAUCGUGCAACGAGACCGAUCCAGCGAACGUUCUCGAGGAUCGGAAUCCCUCGCCUCUUCGAUCCUCCUUCGAAACUGGGUCUGGCAAAAAUGAAAAUGUACCUCUCGGGAAAGUCGAGAAUGCAGGGGAGCUUGGCUCGGAUGUAGCGGGAACUGAAACAACAGAAACGACCGCGGCUGACAUCAAAAAGCUACAAGAUCUCGAAAUGAGAAUUGCUCGACGCCUCUUAGCAGAAGGAAAAGCGUCGAACUACGAUGAGGCAGAAGUAGCUGCCAGUUUGCUAGCUCUGAAGUUCGGAGACGUCGAGGCUCUUCAAGCAGCCAAAGAGUGUUCCAGUAUAGAAUCGGCAUUGGCUUUCUUACAACAGGAAUGCGAGCUUUGCACUGGUCGCUUUGCAAUGAGCCAGAUAGUGUCCAUGUUGAAAUGCGUGCACCGUUGCUGUAACGAGUGCGCGAAAAAUUACUUCACGAUUCAAAUCAGCGACAGAAAUAUCACGGAUGCAGUUUGUCCGUUCUGCAAGGAGCCGAAUCUAAAAGACGCCAGCGAAGACGAGGUGUUAGAAUAUUUUAGUAACCUGGACAUACAACUGAAGACACUUCUAGAUCCACCGAUUCAUGAACUCUUCCAAAGAAAGUUGAGAGAUCGGACAUUAAUGCAAGAUCCGAAUUUUAAGUGGUGCAUUCAGUGUUCGAGCGGAUUUUACGCGGAUCCAGAUCAGAAGAGAUUAAUCUGCCCCGACUGUCGAUCAGUCACAUGUGCACUAUGUCGGAGACCGUGGGAGAAACAGCACCAAGGAAUUACGUGCGAGCAAUUUGCUGCUUGGAAAGACGAGAAUGACCCGGAUAAUCAAGCCGCCGGCUUAGCCAAGCAUCUCGCGGAUAAUGGGAUAGAUUGUCCUAAAUGCAAAUUUCGCUACUCCUUGUCCAGAGGAGGUUGUAUGCAUUUUACGUGCAGCCAGUGCAAAUAUGAAUUUUGCUGUGGUUGCGGAAAAGCGUUCAUGAUGGGAGCAAAAUGUUCGGUCAGCCCGUAUUGCGCAAAACUGGGCCUUCACGCACAUCAUCCACGAAACUGUCUGUUCUAUCUUCGCGAUAAGGAACCCGUGCAGUUGCAACAACUGUUAAAAGAUAAUGGAAUCGAGUACGACACAGAGGGUCCGGCUGGCGAGCGCAAGUGUAAAGUGCAAUUGCAGAAAGAAACUCCCACUGGUGUUGUAGACGCGGUAUGCAAUUCAGAUGUCGUUGAGGGACACGCUGGCUUGUGCAGGAUCCACUACAUCGAAUACCUAGUUCGAAAGAUUCGGGAGACCCAAUUGGAACCACUUCCGUUACUAAAUAUAGACGAUCUCGAGACUUGCGUGAAACGUGCGGGAAUCAAAUUGCCCCCAAAUUGGCAGCACUACAUUGAGUACUUGGCGGGCCUGGUACUGAAGGGCAAACUGGAUCCCGUGGCGAUCUUUGACUUGAACGAUGCCAAGCAAGAGCUGCGCCGUCGGGGAAAAGUUCCCCCUGCAAAGGACCAGGAAAUGUCCGAGCGGGAUUAUCUCGAGGCGUGCAUUCAGGUUGUACAGAAGGAGAUUCCACUGGAGUGAUAGUAGGGGAAUAAUUAAUGUGCAACUUUGUGUGAAUCACGCUUUUGAUGCAUCAUGAUAUAUUUAUUUCAUCGUAUGGACAAUGCUGUAUAGAACAAUUGACGAUUAAAGUAACCAAAGAUUGAACACUUUUUAGUAUUUAAUGUACAAAAAUAAUGUCUUUUAGAAUAGGACUUUGAAAAACUAAA